AUGAGAGCUCGUGCGUUCAGUAUUCUUCGUGGCAGUUCACGGCACAGGCCCCACGCGAUAUCCCUCACCCUACGAAGAACCAGUCAUCGAAGUGUUGACCUUUCCGAGACCACUUCCGAUGUCGCAAACGACUUUGGUUCUUACGAUGUCAUUCUUCCACCAGAGCCUUUCGUAUGGGGCGUCGCCCAUAUCAAGCCGCGCUGUGUGCCUGAAGACAUUCGCAGACCGCGUUAUGCGCUCUCAUUUGACUCUGCUUCUACCCUUGGCUUCGGCGAGGACACGUCUACGGGGCCUCAGCACGUUCGGGACAAGCUAAUUGCACUUCAAGACGAGGAAACUGUGAGGCGCGUCGGUAGGCUGGCGAAGGAAGUGCUACUCUACGCAGGAAGCCUGGUGCAGGUGGGCGUAACGACGGAAGCCGUUGACGCAGCUGUGCACGAAUUCAUUCUGUCUCACUCCGCAUACCCAUCUCCCCUCCUGUAUAAUGGCUUCCCGAAGUCAUGCUGCACCAGCGUCAACAAUAUCAUCACUCACGGUAUUCCCGAUGACCGCUCACUCAUGGACGGAGAUAUCGUGAAUGUUGACAUCACAAUAUAUAAGGAUGGCUUUCACGGGGACACGUCGCAGACAUUCCUCGUCGGCGACGUGGACGAACAAGGCCGUGCACUUGUUCAGACCACCCGUGAGGCAUUGGAGGCAAGCAUCGCCGCGUGUGCGCCCGGCCGACCAUUCAAGGGUAUUGGCAAAGCAAUCUACGAGCUCGUUCGAAACACCGAAUUUUCUGUGAACACGCAGUUCACCGGGCAUGGCAUCGGCGAGGACUUCCAUAGGAGACCUUGGAUUUUGCACCACCUGAACGAUGAGCCAGGUGUAAUGCUGCCCGGUCAUUGUUUCACGAUUGAGCCGUGCAUUGUCCAAGGCGCCGACCCCAACGGCUGGAUGUUCCCAGACGGCUGGACAGUUUCAACCGAAAACUGUGCACGUAGUGCACAAGCAGAACAUAUGGUCUUAAUCACCGAAACCGGGGCGGAGGUACUGACACGAUAG